UUUUUCAGCGACCAAUUUCUAUUUUUUCUUUUUUUUUUCAACAUUUAUUUUCCAUUUACACAUUAACACAUUAUACAUGCUUAAACAAUUCAAACCGGUUGCAAUAUUACACACAUAUAUAACACUAUAACAAACAUAUAUGGGGUAAUGCAUGUAUAAACCCAUGUACUUAAGCCACUUCAAUUUAAUAUCUUUAACAUUGGCUGCUUUUCCGGUUCAUUUAUUCAUUGACUGGUACUCCCGCCUUUCUUUCUUUGAUGUGUGUGAAAGUUCUUAUUGUGUGGCCACAUUGCGCAUGUCACAAUUAAGGUUUUGACAAAAGCCAGAAUCUCCCAAAGUCACGUGUAGAAUUAAGUCACACAAAGUGCAGACAUGUGGGGAUAUGUCACAUGCACAGGAACAGCCAGCUAGUCCUUAUUUUUACAGCACCAUCACGAACUUGCACUUGUCACACCCUCGCCGACUCACGCCUAUCCGAUAAACUCCUGUUGUCCGGGAGAACAGAAACGUCAGAGCGUGAAGACAGGUGAGUCAUACCUGUGUGAGUACCUACCUAAGCGGGCUCUCUGUCGAGGGAGCGACAAUAAGACGACGGAAAGCCACAAAACGUGGUCCUCUGCCCAACCUCAAACCAUUUUUAGCUGUCCCAAGGUUAGCGUGCACACCCAUCCCUCCAAUCAUCGCUAUUCACCUUUUUUCUCUCUCUCAAUGAUCUCACACACCACCACUGGGACAACAGUUAUUCUUGGACUGGCCUUUCUGUGUCACAUGUUCUGACUUUAAAACAUAACAGAGUCGCUCGCAGAGAACUGCUCCACUUGUUUACUUUAGCUUCCCACCUACCAUCGUCAGAUCGAAGCAGGCGACAGCGACUGGCCGGCUCUUUCGCUUCCUCCAUUCACAUUCUAACACAGACAGAAUAUAAGGCACAUAUAAGGCUAGUGAACAACAGUUGUUCUGUCUUUUUCGAGGAACUUCGUGGAAAUGAACGGAUCACUGCCAGGUGAGGUGGAGGAUCUGGCCACCCUGGUCAGACUGGACGAACAGAUUCUGCUCGGCGAGAUAAAGGAACGAUAUACAAAGAACAGGAUUUAUACCUACGUUGGAGACAUCCUGAUAGCUGUCAAUCCAUUUAGAGAUCUUGGCGUCUAUGGCAAAGAGGUGAGUGCUCAGUACCGGAUGGCCAAAAGAAGCUCACAGCCUCCCCACAUCUUUGCUGUGGCUGAUGCAGCUUACCAAGCUCUCCUUGGUCUCGGUGGCCGAGCUCCUUCCAACCAGUGCAUCCUCAUCAGUGGCGAGAGUGGCGCGGGCAAGACAGAAAGCACAAAGCUGAUCAUCAAGCAGCUGGUGGAGCUGUGCAGGGGCAACACACAGCUGGAACGUCAGAUUCUGCAGGUGAACCCUCUGUUGGAGGCCUUUGGCAACGCCCAGACAGUCAUGAAUGAUAACUCCAGUCGCUUCGGCAAAUAUAUUCAACUGCGCUUCAGCAACGGACAUCUGGCUGGUGCCAAGAUCUCCGAGUAUCUUCUAGAAAAGUCAAGGGUGGUGCGGCAAGCUAACGGCGAGGAGAAUUUUCAUAUCUUCUCUUACAUCUUCGCGGGAGCUCAACACGUUGAUGAGUUCGCUCUGCGGCAUCCUAGCCAGUACAGGUACAUGUCACAAGGAGCUCCGCAGUUCAGUGACAACCUGUCUGUGCUUCACGAGCGCUAUGAAGACCUCCUGUGUGCCAUGGACAUGGUCGGCUUUACCGAUGAGGAGCAACAGGACAUGUUCACAGUCAUCUCUGGCGUUCUUCACCUUGGCAACAUCACCUUUGGUGUAGAUGAUACGGAUGCUGCUGUUGUGAUUGAUCCUAAUGGCGCAGUGAAAAUAGCAUCGAAACUACUCGGUGUGGACUCAGAAGACGUGACAUCUUGUCUGACGUCCAUCAUCACCGUCACCAAGGGAGAGUACUUGAAACGCAACUACUCCUUAUCACAAGCAGAAGAUGCCAGAGAUGCGAUGGCCAAGGCCGUUUACGGUCGGUUGUUCGGCUGGAUUGUUAACAAAGUUAACCAGCUUCUGGCACCGGAGGCUGAGAUUGACCCUUCCAAGAUGUCAGAGAUUGGUAUCCUCGACAUUUUCGGAUUUGAGAACUUCCAGAAAAACAGUUUUGAGCAAGCUUGCAUCAACCUGGCAAACGAACAGCUACAGUUUUUCUUCAACAAGCACAUUUUCCAACUGGAACAGGAAGAGUACACGAAAGAAGGAAUCGACUGGAAUGAAAUAAAAUUUGUGGACAACAAACCUCUCCUGGAAUUAUUUCUCGUGAAACCUUUAGGGAUACUUGCUCUCUUGGACGAAGAAAGUCUGUUUCCUAAGGGAACGGACCAGUCGUACGUGGACAAGCUGAAUGCAAACUUUGGAAAAAACCCUUACUACGGAAAGUCGCCCCGAAGCAACAAUCCUGUCUUCUCUAUCAGCCACUAUGCUGGCAAGGUGACUUACGACACGUUUCAAUGGCUGGAGAAGAACAGAGACACGCUGCCCGCCGGCAUCACUGAGAGUCUUCAGCUCAGCUCCAACCGUCUGGUCAAGACGGUCUUCAGAGGACAGAUCACGAGGACUGGCAGUCUGGCGCUUCAGGGACGGACGAUCACUGGAAAAACUGUGAAGAGUCGAAGGGCACAGAUCAUCUCGUCUGCUGCUGAUGGAGCGAAGAGAAAAAUUACAGUAGGAGCGCAGUUUAAGACGUCGCUGGGGAUCCUGAUGGAGCGCAUGACGUCAGCAACGCCCAGCUUCGUGCGGUGUUUGAAGCCCAAUCAUCACAAGAGAGCCGGCAGCUUCGACGACCAGUACAUCCUGUCACAGCUGCUGUACACGGGGAUGCUGGAGACUACAAAAAUACGAAGAGAAGGUUUUGCAAUCAGACCGAGCUUUGAAGAGUUUGUAGACAGAUACAAAAUUCUUCUCUGCCAACUGACCCUGAAAGGCAGCAGGGACAACUGCAUGAAGAUAUUGCAGGCGUCACGCAUGAGUGGCUGGCACAUUGGGAAAACAAAAGUCUUUUUGAAAUACUGGCACGUGGAGCGACUGGCUGAACUUCUGGAGAACCUGGGCAAGUCGGCCAUUGUACUGCAGAAAGUCGUUCGUGGCUUCCUGGCCAGACGGCGCUGCGCGCGCAUUGCGGAAGAGGCCAGGAGGCAGAGGCAGCUGCUGGAGGCGCUGAUGAGGGCUGCAGAAGAGGCCAGCCUGGCCAGUGAGAAGCAUUUAGAGACACUGAGGGAACAGCGUGACAACAAGGCCAGAAACACCACCAGCAACACCACUCAUCCAUCAGCGCCAGACUUUCCUCAUGUCAGUCCAGGCUACGCAUCGCCAGGCGACCCAAAACAAAGAAGACAACGACGAGCAUUGGAACACAGAAUACCGACAGCAACAGUCAACAUCAUCGUUUGGUGUUUGUGUUCGUGGUCAUCAUACAGACACAUCUUCGCUCUGUGUGUGGGUUACAUCGCCCUCGAGGGUUCAUCGACAGCCAUUCAGCUUCAUAUAAUUAUUGUUGGUGAAAUCUUUAUCCGCCAGAUGGAGUUCGAUGAUAGCUCGGACCCAGAAGUUAUAGAAGACGACUUCAAGCCGGUUUCAUCCAACCUGAAUAAGUUCGGGAGAGAAGGAACGAAGCACGCGGCUCAAGAGUGGUUCAAAGAGACUCAGACUCACAACGUGUACGACUCGUCUGCGGGGAAAUUCGCAGAGUGGUUCCAUGGAAUCAUUUCUCGAAAGGAAUCAGAGAGGUUGCUGAAAGACAAGAUUAUAGGAUGCUUCCUCAUCAGGGUGAGCGAGAGCCGAUUCGGAUACAGUUUAUCCUUCAAAGACAGAGAUCGAUGCCGCCACUACAUGAUCGAUCAGCUCAAGAACGGGAAGUUCAUCAUCAUCGGCGAGUCUAAGGUCCACAGGACGCUCCCCGACCUCGUGCAGUUCCACAAGAAGGUGAGAAUAUCGAACUGGGAUGGAGUUCUGACUGUGCCAUGUGGCCAGGAGCAAGGCGAGUGUGACUACAUCGACCUGGUCGACGACAACCUCUACUUCGUGCUCGAAGAUGGAAAAGAUGAGGUCCAGAUGCCCAGUCCACAUGCACCACACACUGGCUUAUAUCCUCCAUUACCACCCCGAAUGUACAGCUUGUCACAGGACGUUCACCCGGGGGGAAGGCCGCUGCCUAAGAUUCCAGAAGAAUCUUACAAUAGGUUAAUGAAAACUCAGAAUGAACAACCUCAGCACGACCCGAAGAGUCAGAAAUUUCCCUCCCCACGACCGCGGCGAAAAUGAAGCUAGUGAACCCGCAUCAUUGGGAGACCUGUGGAGGAUGUCCUCGAUCAUCGAACCUGUACCUCCUUCAUAUGAUUAUUCCAAGAAUUUUUUGACAGUGAAGAGUAAAGCAUCCCUGAUAUCUGCACAAAGACAAUGAAUCUUUGUCAACAAAAAGAACAUUCCAAACAGUAUUUGAUGUGCCAUCAGGGUUUUAUGAAUCAUGGGUGUUGUGAAUUAGUGCGACUGUUGCAUCCCCUGAGUGCCUUCUUCGGCCAUGUUGCUUUUCCUCACGCUCAUUGUUGGACGAGUGAGUGAAUGAGUGAGGGAGAGCAAGACUAAUAACUGACAUUACAAGCUAGAGAGUUAGAGGCCGAGGUGUGUUCAGCUACUUCGAAAACAAAACCGCAAAGUUAGUGAUAUUAAUAGUUAUGACAUAAUAGUUAAACAUAAAUACUGCUGUUUUUAUUUACAGAUAUCUACGACUUUGUGUUUAAAACGAGAGGGUAAGUCGAACAACUGUUUUUUUCCCUUUUGUCAUAGAGGUGACUUGUCUGAUUAUCGAUGUCAGGGAGAUAACUCUUGUACGGGGGAAAACGGAUCUGGAGAUUGAAUGAUCUCCCCUUAAGUAAUAGGUGAAGUAGUUUACUUAUUGAACUUUGCUCCCCACUGUGAGAGGAUGCUGUGUACGCUUGAGUACAAGGUGUCUCCAGACUAAAAGCACUGUGGAUGUACAUACAUAGGAGAGAUUUAUACAUCUUUACUUGACAGAGAGAUCAAUCAACUGCAUUUUUUAAAAUUCAUGACCAUUCUAUUCUCUUUAAAGCACGCCAUAAUCUUGCUUGUAUUCACUUUGUGUUCAGAGACUGAUUAUGUGAUUUGUUUAUUGAAAGGUCUUUUUUUUUCCCGAGACGCUUGCUGGUGACCUCAUAUUUAGAGAAUUGUGUUCAGUUUAAACAUAGAUCAUAAGGACUUACUGUGUAUAACCUCUGGGUUCACUUUGUUCAAUGAUAAUUUAGCGCGUUGUGAUCGAGUUUUUAGCGAGAUGUUUCUUCCGGAGAAACUUCCGAUGUUAUGAGUUUGUGUGUACUUACAUACUCUUUCAGUAUUGUUUGGUUAGCUGAUAAUAUACAGAUCACCAUGUCAAGCAAUCAUUGGUACUUCCUUCCUUAAAUGCAUGGUGCCCUUUGAGUACGAACGUUAAUAUAGAUAGGUGAUCUGUAAACUCAUUAAAAUUAGACAGGAUGAGACUAGUAUUUUGUUUCUCUGUGACUUUGAUAACAAUCCUUUACUAAGAUUUGGAUUGGCUUAAGUUCAAAACCACCACCAUAAAGGAAAAACAAACAAACAAACAAACCCAGGGUAACGAAAAUUAGAAAUGUAUUCACGGUUGUAAUGUUUUCUUGGCGAUUACUGUGUAAUUUUAGACAAUUCCUCCACUAAGGUCAUACACUGUGAUAUUUUUCUUGCAAGCAUAUCGUUCAUAAUCCAUAAUCAAAGGCCUUAUGGUCAAUUUCCAUUGUUUUAACAAUUGCUGACUGUAUUCGGAGGCAAGAUAUGGCCGCGUGUAAACCAGGAAAGCGGUAAAUGUCAUGCGGACAGUUGUGCUUGAGACAGGUGUCAAGGUUGUAAGGGACGCAACAACAGCAACAGUUUUAAGAUUAGAAGAGUUAUACUUCCUGAACUAGAAACUGAAAGUGUGUAGCGCUUUGGGGUUGUGUUGGUACUGAAGUUCACACUGCGGAUAAAUUCAUCAGAGCAGCUGUCUAUCGGCAAAAGUACUUUCUUGAACUGAAGGGUCAGUGACCUUUAGCGCAGUGACAUCUGCUCCACCAACACUUGCUUGUCGUCUCCAGAAAAACAAAACUACUGCCACUUUUUUCUUCCGUCGAGCCACAGGAUACUUCAAACCGUCGUUACAUGAGUCAUCAAAGACAAUUAGGAUUGAUUAAAGGUGAUGGUGAACCAUGAGAAUGAUUUAUUAAUUGCAGCAGACCGCCUGGCUGAAGCGCCUGACCGAAGCAGCUGUAACCGUUUCUUUUUUAAAAAAAAUAUAUUGUCUUUCAUGUCCAUGACUGCGCACUCCAUGGUUUAGAAUACUGUGUAACCAUAGCUGGCAUACGAGUGGAGAUAGAUUACAGGUGUGUGUGUGUGUGUGAAAAUGAGAGAGAGAAAGAGAAUUUUAAAAAAAUAUAUCUUUUGUAUGUUUAUUAAUAUGCAAUUUACAAAAUGUUUUGUAAUAAUUUAUGUUGCGCACAUCCAUUAAAUCUCAGCACAACGA